AUGACCCUUUACACCAAGAACUGGGUGUUAGGGAAGUUGCCGAUAAGAGCGCAGCCUCGUAUUCCUAUCAAGACCAGCAGCAUUGCAGAGAACAAUGCGCCCAUUGAAAAGAAAGAUGGACUACUACUAUUAGUGAUACUUCCAGUGACGACGCAAGAACGAUUUGGCUUUCUCGAUAUUGGAGUGCGGCGCCCAGAGUUUCAUCAUCUUUUAAUCAACACUGCCCAAAAGCAUGGCGUCGAGAUCAAAUGGGGCCAUCAAGCCAUUGAAUUCAAGCAAAGCAAAGAUUCAGUGGAAGUCAUGUUCGCGAAUGGUACCAAGAGGCAUAAGGAAGGCUGUCUCGAGGGGCUUUUCACUCCAGAUCAUCAAGAUUUUGACGAGGAAAUCAAUGAACGGCUUACCCGCUUUUUCUGUGAGACAGCCACAAGCCUUCGUGCUCUCUCACUGAUUGUAUCCCUGUCCAGUGGUCCCUACGUUCUGUGGCGGACUCAGAAGUGCAACAAAUUCUUUAAUAUAUCAUCGAGUGGGCCUUAUCGGGACCUUUGUGAUGAACAUCAAAUACAAUCUUUGAAUCAAUGGGGAGGAAACCGCAGCGACCUGUACAUCAUCAGCUCACAUCUCUUCCCUCAUUAUGGGACUCAUGGUGGUGACUCCCUGCAAGCCGCCCAUAAGCUUGGGACUGGUUUCAGAACUGUGGGACACAUUCAGCCUUCUUCAGGCUUGGGACUAAUUUACGGAGGCACACUUGAGACUUAA